GAACAUUAAGUUUAUUAUGUUUGCAAUUUAGUAAAUAUAAAAAAUGGCAAUUAAUAUAGAUAUAGAUCCUGCUGCAAAAGAUAAAGUAAAUUUUCCACCAAAUUUUAUUGAUCAAGUUCCUAACAAUGAACAUUGGAAUAGGAAAACUCGUAUUAAAUGGACAAUUUUAUUUUUUAUUGGAAUUUUGCUUGUAUAUUCUGUGCGUACAUCAAUGUCAAUCUGUACUGCUGCUGUUGCUAAAGACUUAGGAUGGAAUAAACAAAUAUCUGGUAUGGCACUUUCUGCUUUUUUUUGUGGUUAUUUACUAACAAAUAUGCUUGGAGGUUAUUUAGCUGAUCAUCAUGGUGGGGAAAUUGUUAUAUUUUACUCUUCCAUAGUAUGGUCAUUAUUAACUAUUGCUUUGCCUUUAGUAGCACAUUCCAAUUUUUUAUUUUAUUCUGGUACAUCUGCAGUUUUAAUAUGUCGAUUUUUUACUGGAGUCUCCCAAGGAGUUUUUUUUCCGUCAUUUGUGUCGUUGAUAUCUAGACAUGUUGCAGUUGCUGAACGAAGUGUUGUUUCGAGUGCUGCUUAUUCUGGCUCCGCAAUAGGUACUGUUUCAACUGGAUUUAUUGGUUCAAUAAUGGUUGAUAAUCUUGGUUGGGAAAGCGUUUUUAUUGUUAAUGGUAGCCUUUCUUUUAUAUGGGUAAUAGUUUUUCGAUAUUUUGUUUCAAGUUUUAAUAUUAAAAAAAAUAAAGAACCGCAGCUUGUUGUUAAAGAUUCAGUGCCUUGGAUUAGAUUGCUAAAAUGCCCUCCGAUAUGGGGCUUGCUGAUUGCAUAUUUUGCAAGUGGUAUGUGUUUCUAUAAUUUGCUUUCAUGGACACCAAUUUAUUUUCAUGAUGCAUUUCCAGAGAGUAAAGGAUGGAUUUUUAAUGUGGUACCUUGGCUAUUGAACUUCAUACUAACAAAUAUUGCUGGAUAUUUUGCAAAUGUUCUGCUAGUGAGUGGAACAUCAGUUACAGUAGUGCGAAAAUUAUAUGCCUCAAUGUUGUUUCUUGGUGUUUGCAUUUCUUCUCUUUUACUAAAUACUGUAGAGACUUUUCGACAAGCACUUUUUGUAAUGAGCUUAAAUAUAGGAUUUAUGAGUUUCACUAGUUCAUCUUUAAUGCUUAAUUCACAAGACCUAGCACCAAAACAUGCAGGGGUUUUACAUGGACUAAUGAAUGGAUGUGGAGCAUUUGCUGGAUUUAUUGGUAUUUAUAUAACUGGGUUUAUAUUAGAGACUACUGGACAUUGGUCAGCAGUUUUUGUGUUAACAUCUGUUGUUUCAUUAAUAGGAUUUUUUGCUUUUAUUUUGUUUGGCUCUGGAGAAAGAUUAGUGUAGAUAAUGUUUUUUUUUUUUUUACUGAAUAAAAACGUUGUUUGAUACAACACUUGUUUUCUCUA